CUGCAGUCUUUCUUGCGCGUUUUCUUCGACUUGGUAACGCGCAACGGUUCGAUAUACAGCGGAAUAAAUAGAAAAUCCGCGGAGAAAUUCAGCCCUCGGCUGCGAUCUUAUAGCCUCGCGGAGGUAUCGAACCGCUGCGAGACGCGGCGACUCGUUUGGGUUUAUAUUCUUGCUCGCAUGCAGCUUGCUUUGGAUGCGAUCGCGGAUCGUGAUGAUAUAAUAGAUGACGAGGGUCCGCGUACGAAAAAUUUCGUAAUCGACUUCGUAACUUUGCAGACUUUGCAUAGAUACCGAAUAAAAAGUGUACAUAUGUAUUUUUUACGUUUAGCUAUUGUAUAAUCUCGUGUGGCUAUUAAGUUUCGAGGUUGUUUACUUUUUUUCCGAAGCUUCCCGCCAAGGCCGUGCUAGACAUUAUUCAUUACGAAGGCGAAAGGAAUGGUAUAGAGUAGGCACUACAAUGGAAAGAAGCACGUAGUUUCUCCAACGCGCGGCACUCGCCGGCUACAAGCAUCAUUGAAUUUUCACUGAAUAUUUUAUAGCGUUAUCUUGGAAGCUAUAGCGCGCGAAUACACGAGGUGUAUUAAUUUCUCGAUGUCUCGGAGAAAGAAAGUUGUAUAGAAAUAAAACGCGACGGAUAAAAAAUGAAAUCGCGUACAAUGCGAUAACCUAAAAGUCCAGUCGAAUGUCCUGUAAUCCUGCGACGCAACAUCCACGUACGGCUGACGCAAUCUCGUUGCGAUUCAAAUGUAAGAAAAACAUCUUUUUCUUUUUUUGCGAAAAGAACUUCGCACUUCGCGGCGCGCCAUCUCAUUUCAACUUGCCCGUGAUCGAAGAUCGAAGGACUCAGCUUCGAGAUUUAAAUUCGCGACGCUUUCAGUUUGAGGUUAGUUGCAUCGCGCGCGAGAUCUCGUCCUUUUCGCAACAAUUUCAACGGUUUUUUUCGUAAGCUUCGAGACACCUGACGCGUUUGUUUUGUAUGUACUUCUUCCGUAGGUCCGUGUCGUUUCCUUGAGAACUGCAGCGUAGCGCGGUGAUGCGAUAACGCGCGUUUCGCGCGUUUUAAAUCGAUGCGAUAACCCCUGAUCGACCCUGCCAUUACGUAUUCAUUAUUCACGCGUAGCGCCGAAUCGAGGCUCGAUCGUGUUCCUGGCAGAGUGCGUGAUGUCCAAAUAUCUUCGGGUGUACGUGGCAUCCUCCCCAGAUGCCGAGACCCAGAGACGCACGUAGCGGGGCGAGGGAAUGGGACUUGGGAGGGAAGCAAUCAGGCAUGAUUAAUCGCGCGGCUCCCCGAGGCUCGUAUUUACGUUUUGCUUAGCGAGGCGAGCGUCUCGUGUGCGAGGACAAGGCGCGGUGCCUCAAGGAGAGAGAAACGGGAGAGAAUAAAGUUCGUGCAAUUUUUCUACAAGUCCAGUUACUCUCCGGAGAGAGAGGAAGAGAGAGAUGUCCGGUAACAUGGAACGAGACAAGAAUGAGAGGUUAAACGCGAGGAAGAUCGAAGAGGAGGAGAUGAAACGCACGCUCGCGGGUAUCGGAAUAUACGAGGAAGGAAUCACGUAUAACCAGAUGAAGGAGAUACUUGGAUUCCUCAACGAGUCCGAGGACACAUCGAACGUUGCCUUCAACAAUAGAAAUACGCAAAAAGGGGCUCAGUAUUCCGAUAACGAGUCGGAGACCAGGCCUGACGCGAACGCGCCGCAGGAGUGCACCGAGUCCAGGCCGUCGUACGCGUACAAAACGAAUCACGCGUUUCCGACAGCGCACUCCGAGCGCAAAGCCGUCCGUUACUCCAGCAGUCCGGAGUUGCCGCUGUACGAGGCGCGAAAUCCUACGUACAGGCGCAAGAGUUCGGAUAGCGACGAGCUCGCCGAGAAGCAGCAGCACGAGGGCGGCACGAACUCGGCGACACACAGUACAAAUCGGUUCUACUCGUUGAGAUCAGGAAGCUGCGCGCAGACCGGCACCUCCGAGAGGAAGACGGGUCAAGACAAGACGCAGGACGAAGUCGUGCAGAAGCUGAAGAGGUGGCGGCUGAACCCGCUCGACGUAUGCAUCGACGAAAACGAUGUGCCUUUGCGACAGCCGUGCCGGCCGUUGGCGCGGGAACGCGCACCAUUCGAGUCCUGCAAAGAGGCGAUCACGGCUGAGCAGUGCGACCAAAAAGCGCACGCCAUAAGCCAGCAUUUAAAGGAAAUGGCACUGUUGCUGCACAAUUGGCACCCCCCUGCCGAUUCGGUAUUUCAGUGGGGCUCACCCAUUCAGGUCGGCACUGCCAACGGUAGUUUGGAUAGAAACCCAUUAACAGACACUAAGACUGAACAAAUCAAAGCGGAAUGUACAUACAGAGAUAGCUACGAGCGGAGUAGUAAGCGCAAGGCGAGCACUCUCAUCGCCAGUCUGACUAAAGAGAGCUCCAGCGAGGACGAGCGCGGCGAUCCAUACGAUUUCAUUGAUGUUAAGAAGAAGAAGAGGGUUCAAUCUGAUAGCAAGUCGGGCAACGUCGAGCAUCGCGCUACCCCGCAGCGUGCCAACCACGAGAGAACAGCGUCGAACGUGGUCGCGCGCCAAGAGCACUCUCACAACGACAACAAUAAUGACGUCGAUCUCGAGGAUGGGCGCGUCGAGUAUCUGCACACUAAGAAAACAGCUGACGAAAAGAAUGAACAGUCGUCGCCCGAAUGGACCACGUACCCCAGGAGGGUAGUACCUCCGGUGCCCAAGGCACGUUUGAGCCUGCACAGACAGAGGAGAGGGAACGCCACCUCGAAACCGUCAAAGACGCGACGCGUGGACGAGAGUAAAGGUGUCGACCAGGCGAAGCACCAGAAGAAGGAUAACGCGUUGACGGAGAAGGAGAUCCGUCAGGCGGUCGAGGAAGACUGGAACAGCGAGCAGGAGGAGGAAACCGCGGCGGCGAAGGACGUGGAGAUUCGGCCACUCAAUAACGCGUCGAUAAAGCAAGAAACGCGACCUCGAUUGCGGAAGAAACGACCGUUCAACGACACGGAGACGGUCAGGGAGUCGCCGAAGCAAGAGGAGCCGGAUAAAGAGAGACGGCUGAGAGUCCACGAGGAAAAGAAGAAAAAGGAAGAAUUGUCGAGGAUAGACAACAGAAACGGAAGCUGGGAGCACCACUUACUCCCAUCCGAUGACGAUGAGGACGAGUCUGAGAUGAAUCGAAAGCCUGAUGCACAGAGCAGCGAACAGCCUGCUAACGUGUCCACCUCCUCCGACAAUAUACCCUGCCCUAUAUGCAAUAAGCUGUUCUCGCCUGACGAGAUAGAGAAUCAUGCCGCUUAUUGCGAGCAAUUCGAAGCGAAUGACGAAGGGGAAGGUAACGACGCCGGUCAAUUGGAGUGCAACGUAUGCGAUAACUACAAGACGAGCAGCGGCACCGACUACGGGCAGCACGUACACGAUUGCAUAGAAAGGAAUAGCAAGAAUGAUAAGAGGCAUGAAUCUAAGACUGUCAGUGGCGAUUCUGCGUCUACCUCGUCUUUUCGAAAUUACAAGCCAAUCAGCGAGCAGAAGGAUUCCGAGAUAGACUACUUGGGCCAGUUCCCCUCCGACGGCAAGUCCAAGUUGAGCAAUUCUGGCAGAAAGAGAAAACGUUUCUUCUCUGUUGCAGGCAGUCGUCAUACUUCAGUGCACCUGCCACUCGGCAAGAUGAAGCUUCUUACUCCGGCGUUGUGGAUUUUAUUCUUAAUUAAUGUACACUGUGAGACCAUAACCCUAAAUGGAAUCUGGGAGGGAACCAUUAGAGAUUGCAGAGGAAAAUCUGGAUGCGGUAAUGAUAUUAAUUUCAAGGCAACAGUUCCUGGAGGGAUUUACACAGAUUUGUAUCAGAACAAAGUGAUAGAUGACAAUCUGGUUGGGACGAACGAUGUCAAUAAUCGUUGGGUUGGAAAUCAAACCGUGAUUUACACGAAAAAUUUUAAUGUGACUCGCGAUUUUCUGGAAGCUCGCAGGAUAGUCUUGGUCUUUCACGGAGUCGACACGUUUGCCAGGGUCUCCUUGAACGACCAUGUAGUCGGAGAGACAUCGAACAUGUUCUUGAGAUACAUUUUCGAUGUAACAGAUUACAUCAAGGAAGGCCAGAAUCUCUUGCUGGUCUCAUGUGCUUCGGCCGUCAGGGUAGCCGAAAGUCUCUACGAGACACAAAGCAAGGAUUACAUUGUACCACCGGUGUGCGUGCCUAAGGAAUACAAUGGAGAGUGUCACGUGAAUCACAUUCGUAAGAUGCAAGCCAGUUUCUCGUGGGAUUGGGGCCCGGCUUUUCCCUCGGCCGGCAUCUGGAAGGACGUCGAGUUGAUCGCUGUAAACGAUAUAUUGAUCAACGACGUUACGGCUGACAUACGUAAGGAGAACGACGUUUGGAACGUCCUCGUUACGGUGUUCCUCGAAGUAACGCAGAGCGAGAACGAAGAACCCGCGGAAAUCAGUUGCCACGUGGCGUCCGUAUUAUACGCCUCGGAGAGCAAGAGCAUCACUAGUACUAAGGAAGUUGUGCUCAGCGCUGACAGGAAAUACGUGAACGUCAACGUCUCACUCGUUGUGCCUGCGAACGCGGUCGAGAACUGGUGGCCAAAUGGUUACGGCGAGCAACACUUGUACCAGCUCGACACUACGGUAACAACUACGUCGGAUGUCGGUGUGCUGCGCAAACGGAUCCGCGUGGGCUUUAGGACAGUGGAGCUGGUGGAAGAGCCCCUGGAGAAGGGAUUGAGCUUUUAUUUCCGCGUGAACGGCGUGCCGAUUUUCGCGAAAGGCAGUAACUUCAUUCCGGCGAGCGUCUUCCCCGAGCUGGGCGCGAAGGAGGACACCAUCAGACAUCUACUGCUGUCCUCCAAGGAGACCCACAUGAACAUGCUGAGGGUGUGGGGUGGCGGCGUCUACGAGUCCAAGCUGUUCUACGAUCUGGCCGACGAGUACGGAAUCAUGAUCUGGCAAGAUUUCAUGUUCGCCUGCGCCAUGUAUCCCACGAGCGACUCGUUCCUGAAGAGCGUGCGGGAGGAGGUGCGGCAGAGCGUUAUACGUCUGAAGAACCAUCCGAGCGUCGUGCUCUGGGCCGGCAAUAACGAGAACGAGGCGGCGCUUUACGGUAACUGGUACGGCACCGGCACCGCCGAGGUGUACAAGACGGAUUACGUGAAACUUUACGUAAAUCUGAUAAAGAGAGAAGUGGAGGAACUCGAUCCUGUAAGGCCGUUCGUCGUGUCGAGCCCGGGCAACGGAGCGAACGAGGAGACGUACAAUUACACCGGCGUAAAUCCCUAUUCAAAUCUCUACGGCGAUGUGCACUAUUAUAAUUACAUAAAUAACGGAUGGGACGUCACUCAGUAUCCGCGAACGAGGUUCUGCUCCGAGUACGGCUUUCAGGCUUGGCCGUCGAUAUACACGCUAGCGACCGCGAUAGAAAGCACGAAGGACUUCCACACGGACAGCGAGUUCGUGAGACACCGGCAACACCUGCCGCGCGGCAAUCAGUACAUGCUGCUUCUGAUCUUGCACAACUUCGCCAUACCGCGAAGCAACAACAGCAUCCGAGAUUUCGAGAAUUACGUGUAUCUCAGUCAGGUCAAUCAAGCGGUCUCUAUGAGGAUUCAAACGGAGGGGUACCGGCAAGCCAGAUCCGAGGUGAACUCCGUUGGCGAGGGCAUGACGAUGGGGGCUCUCUAUUGGCAGCUGAACGACGUUUGGCAAGCUCCUUCCUGGUCUUCCAUAGAUAUCGAAGGUCGCUGGAAAAUGCUUCACUAUUAUGCCAAAGAUUUCUUCGCACCUGUGAUCGUUACGCCGCAUUUGUCCGUUUCCAACCUGCUCACGAUAUACGUCGUAUCUGACCGGUUGGACACGUUGACUAAAUGUACAGUGGAAAUUCGUGUUUACAACUGGAGCGCCUUGACACCCGUGUUCACAAAAUCUUUCAGUGAUAUCAUAGUCGAAGCCAACGCGGCUGUAAGAGUUAGAUCGCUGUGGCUGGACUCGUUGUUGGUCGAAGCGGGCUGCGGAACGUUGAUAUCCGCCAAGAAGCACUGCGUGGCCGCUUUGUCUCUCACGGAUAGGUCGGGAUCUUCAAUCGCACCGGUCAACUACGUGUAUCCUGAUGCGUUGAAAAACGUGGAGAUUCCAGUAGCUAAUGUCACUGUGAGAAUAUUGGAAAAUCAGUUGCCUGGAAAACUGUCCAACUAUCCGGAUUUCAAGCUAGUGCUGUCGACGGAUAACAUAGCGCUGUUCGUUUGGCUGGAAGUGGGCGAUAUACGCGGACGCUUCUCCGAGAAUGGUUUUCACAUGUUCGAGGGGGAGAAGGAAAUUAUUUUCCACGCGCACGAGGCGAUCACGCCCGACCUGCUGAGGAAUAAUCUGAAGCUUACUACGUUGUCCAACAUUUACAGCACGCACGACAAUUAAGAUAAUUUCGACGAUUACGUUGUUAGAAGAACGGAAAAAUAUUUAUUAAUAUACAUUAAUAUGUAACAUAAAAACAGAUUAAUAACGAUUAUUAUCAAAUAUUACACUUUUACACUUUUGUCGAUAAACAUCGCGCAUGUAAAACUUUCUAUAAAAUUUAUAAGUAAUAAAAAUAUCUGAUGUCA